AUCGCAUUGCACGCGACGAUGGCGAGCGAUGGCGGCGACAGGCUCGUCGAGCAGCACGGCGUGUUCCAGACGAGGCGUCUCCUGCAGGUGAUCGAGCUCCCGCUAGAGAACUCGGACGAGACGAACGUGGUCAAGUCCUUUGCGUCUCGAUGUACUGCGAAGAAACAGUUCCAAGCGUUCUACUGCGCUGACAAGACGCUCCUUCUCCGGUCGCUCGAAGAAGACCUGCAUCCUCGUUUCUGGCGCUUGCCAUGGACCGCUGCGCUGGAGCGCCUGCAGAUACAGCAGCAACAUCAGUCAUCCUCUCUCUUGAAACUCCCCGUAGACAGUGGAGUGACGUCGCCGUCGGCUGCGUCGACCCAGCAAGUUGUCUGUUUGGAGUUCGCCCCCGAAGGCGACUGGCUCGUCGUGAUUGUGUCAUGGGGUCUGCGUACGUUUCUCCUUCUCAUGCCCGUGGCGUCUCUGGUCAUGCGGCAGCGCAAAGUCUCUCUCCAGAAUCAUUUGCGUGACGGCGCGUCCGACGACCUCAUGAGUGUCGUGCCAAGCGCCAUGUUCACCAAGAUGACGUCGUUCCUUCGGGCACAUGGCCAAAACGGCGCCAAGUACCAUUCGAACGUGGCAGGGGAUGACGAAGACGUGAGUGUUCUCGAGUUUGCCCAGGGCAUGUCGUCGCCGACGUGUGUGGCAUGGUGGCGCUCGUUCAACGGGCAAAACUACGUCCUGCUCGGGUCGUCCGCGGACUUGAUUUCGAUUGUCCAUGUCGAGAGCAACUCGGAAUGCUGCCGGUGCGAACUCUCGGGCAAGAUUGACCGCAUCGCGCUCGUGCACACGCCAUCCACGACCGCGAUGGUCGUGGCAACGUCCAAAGACGACGGGUCGACGUGGUAUUUCAAAGUACUUCUCGAUAUGCACACGCCGACGGGCGUCAAGACAUUUCCCGACCACUUUCUCCAAAACGCUGCGUUUCGGCCCGUUCGAAUCAAACAGUUUGCGUCGACCGCGUCGGUGCAUGUUGUCCGCGAUGCAGACGGCGCCACCGCGGCAUCGACGCCGCUCCUGGCAGUGUGCGACCGCGGCACGAUUCGAUUUUACUCGAACGAUUUUCAAUGGACGCUCGUCACCGCGAUGACGUUGCCCACGGAUGCACUCGGCACCACGACGACACAAUUGGACGUGACGUUUUGUUCGUCCCAGCUCAUGCUGGUGCAAGUCGCGAGAGACUCGUACAACCUGGCCGUGUGGAUUGCCCAGCGCCGCCCGCAUCGGCCACAAACGGAUGGCGGCUCGCCGGACGCCGAUGGUGCAGAUGCCGUGACGACGACGCACGGCAGAGUGGUGCACACGCUCAAGCUGCGCGAAGACGAAUGGGUUCGGCACACGCAGAUCGGUCGAGCCAUGGAUGCGCCAACGACAGCAGACGAACCGGCGCCAUCAUCGAUGGCGUUCUACUUGCAUACCGACCACCAGGUGUACGAGUGCCGCCCAAAGUGGACGCGCGCGCUGUUGUUCCAUGCGCUGUACGCGCGCACGAUCCAUGUCGACGACGCUGUCUUCAUCGGGUACGCCUUGGGCUUUGACAUGCCCGCGUUAUGCGAGGACGUAGCAGACACGAUCUGCGCCGACCACAAGUCGAAAAAGAUGUCUCGAAACAGUUGCGAGUGGGUCAUGCGUCUGUGCGCCAAGUCGUCGCAUGUGAUGCCGGCCAAGACGCUGGACAACAUGCUUCACCAUGGCGGUCUGGCCAACGCGAUAGAAUACGCCAAGGAAGCGCUCGCAUCCAAGGCAGCGCGCAGUGCCGACCGCCGGUUUCUCGCGCACACCGUCAUCGAGUCGGCGCUCAAACUCCACCACCAAACGACGCCCCUUCGGGACGACACCAAGGACUGGGCCUGGUUCGUCUCAUUUCUCACGACCAACCAAGACUUUGACACAUCCUUUGCCAUCUCCCGAUGCGUUUUUUUUCAAUGCGUCGACGCUGCCCUCGCGAUCGGCCAUGCGCGGCGCGACAUCGAUGCUGCGCUUCGUAUUCUACAAGACGUUGGUGCGUCCCUCACCGAGGCGCAGGUGAACACGCUGCUGAGCCGCCACCACGCGUCCAACCUGACGGCGCCCGACGUACGCAUCUUGUUUCGCACCUUACCGUUGUCCGUUCAAAUUCAGGUGCUGCUGCGCCAUCCCAGCGCGAUCUGGAUGCAGCGGGACUGGGUCUUGCGCAUCCUGCCGGACGUGACGGAUGACGAGUGCGCCGCUCUGGCGACGGUGCUCGACCCACGGUCCGUCGUGUCGACGGCGGUGUCGUCGCUGCCGUACUACGUCCACCAGAGCGACGUGGCGACGUCAGAAGCCAUACCGAUCACAAUGGAAGAGAAAGUGGAGCUUUUUCUCACGCUGCUCUUGCGGCUCAACUGCACACGCUGCAGCAGUGCAAAGCCCCAUCGCCCGACGACGACGGCGGACACCGUCCACACAUUCACCCAAGACGAUCUGUUGUCGUUGAUCAAGGCAUGGAGCAAUCAGUAUCGACCACCCGUUCUCAUCCUCCGCUGCGUGGAUUACGCCAACUGGGCCGCCGCCGCCGCGUGCUACGAAGCCCAAGGGGAAUGGGUGGACGCGAUCGAGUGCAAACUGCACUUGCACGACCUGCAGCAGCCAAAACAAGGCAAGGACGCCCCCCGCCACGUGAUCACGCACGAAGAACUGGUGCAUCUCAUGGACACGUUGGUCUUUUCGAACGUGAUGCCGACACCGAUGCGCGUCGCGGUGCUGGCGCGCCUCUUCAUCCACUGGCACUACAUGAAGUACGCCAUCGAAGCGCUCGAAGUGCACGUGCUCGAGCAACGCGACUUGACGCCGGUCGCGACCAUCCUCUUCUCGAAAGCCGCGUCAUUUGACCAACGCAACCGCGGAUGGAUCGAGCAGUGCCAAACGUGUCUUCCGUUUUCAGGACGAUUUUACUUUCAAGUGUGCCAGCAGCACGUGCGCCAACAACACGAGCGGGGGUCGCCGGAAAGCGUGGACGAAACGGCGCGCCUUCCCGGCGGCAUCGCCGCCGACACGUCUGUCGUCGACACGGUGCUCGACAACAUCCAGCGACACCACGCCGACCUCCGGCACGUCGUGAUUCAGCGGCAGACGCCGGCUGCCCUCGGAAAAACGGACCCGAUCGAGACCCAUGCCAAGGUGUUUUCGUGCGGCCAUGGCUUUCCCAAGCGCGUGUUUUACGACGACGUCGUUCCGUUGUUUGAAAAGAAGAUGGCGAUCGAGUUUCCCUCGGUCCCGCGCACGACCGCGAUCCUCGUCGCUGAGUACCGCAAAGGUCCCUCGACACCGAUCGACGCGCCGUGUCCAGUGUGUGCGUUCUCCCGCAUCCAGCGUAUCUUUGCCACGCAAUGCGCCAACACACGCACGCGUGAACCACCGCGGCCGCGCAUCAUGACAUCCGAUCAAUGGGUGUGGAAGUAGCAGCGCUAAGAAAUGGAACUCUCGUCCACCAUGACCUCGACGUCGGAUGACGGGCCAGUUUGGUCCGAGCCACGUUCGUUCGGACGGUCCAACGCGACGUUGAAGCGCUGGUAUGCCACGGCUCUCAAUGAGCCACACCGUCGAGUGCGUGUCUCGCCUCCUGUCCAUGAUGGACUCUUCCAGAGCAUUCCAACACCGCCAUCCACCGCGCGUGACGAUACACACUCGCGACAUCAUCACUGCGUCAAACGUCGGUGGAUGCGAUCCCUGUCGGCGAUAUGUUUUCUUCAACGACGACUGCGCGGUCGCAGGCGUCGCAGCUCCUGUUUGUGAGUUGCACGGUGGCAUUGGACCAUUCUAGUCGGGUGGGUGGCGAUCCAGUUUACACAGACAAGACAGCCUAGUUGAGCGCCGCCGCUUGGCCGCCAUCUUGGAUGUCCAAGGCUUGGAUCUGCGCCACGAUUUCGUCGACGGUCGGUCGUCGGGUCGGAUCAGGGUGUACGCAUCGCUCGAUGACGUCGACAAACGCUGGCGACGAAGUCUCGUGGGCCAGCACGGCGGCAUCGUACGGGAACGGCAGGGGCCGAGUCGACCGCGCGAGCUCAAGUAAGUGCAGAUCGCCCCCGACAAAGCCCUUUGCGUGGAAGAGGGCGGCAUGGGGAUGCGUCUUUGUGAAGAUUUCACCGAGGAGGAUGCCAAGGGCGUAAACAUCGGUCGACAGCGUAUGCCGCUUGGGAUCGCCGAGCAGUUCUGGCGCCACGUACGACGUGGCAAAGUUUCCAAACGUCUCAACGGACGCCGCCGCCGUGUUGUUGGUAUCCGUGGACGGCACUUGCCAGUGCAGCAGCGCAAACCCAUUCAAUUUCACGACAACCUCCGAUCGCGACAACGAUUCCACGAGUACGUUUCCGCUAUGCAACGCGCCAAACGGGCGCGACGACCGGUGGAUGUGCGCCAAGCCAGACGCCACCUGCAACGCGAUCGACUUGCGCACGAACGGCGGCAACGGUUUGGCUUUGUCGACCAGAAGCGGCCCCAAACUGCCCUUGGCCAUGUACUUGGCCGCUGCGCUCAACGUCCCACGAUAAAGGACGACGCCAAAAAUGGCGUUGAUCGAGUCGUGCGCAGUCAAGUGGCGGGCCUCUCCGAUCGCUUCAACGAAUGCCGGCACCAACGACGACUCGAGCGGCACGCUCUUGAGCAUGAUUUUGGUUCCGUCGCCCAACGUGCCCGUCAUCGCGUUGCUGCAGCCGCGCACCGGCGUCGUCGUCAUGUGCUCGGUGCCCGACGGCAGCCACAGGCCCGUCAAUGCCGGGUGCGACUUCCAUCCGUCGCCAGAAAGUUGACGUGCCGGCGACGACGCUUUUGUCUUGGCCGCAUUCGUCGACGCGUUGGCGAGACCUUUCGUGCCCUUGGGGGACUUUGCUGCCAUGUCCACUAACUUGGAGUACAUGGCUGCGGCCGUCCCACGGCCGGGGGGCGGAUGAUAAAGGGCGGAAGAAGGUGAAGCGCGUUCUAGGUGCUGAGGUGCCGCCUGUUGUUCGAGCAACAUGGUUUGGCGGUCGUGUUGCUUCUUGGAUCGCCGAUGGUGUAGGAAGUACGCGACGAUCCCGAGCACGACAACGGCCGCAGCCAGGCCGAGCGGCAAGGCAGCGUUCGCGUCCGCCAGUUCGGGUCGCGUCAGAGCUGGCGAUGGUGGGUGUGGUGUAGUCUCCAGGGGGAGAGUUUGGUUGGAGGCCAUGGCGGCGCGUGGUCUUCAGCCCGUAGAGUGCGAGAGGCUCGUCUGGCACGGUGCGCGCAGUACGGAAGUCGGGCCUCGGCGGAAGUGGGUUGACGGCACUUACACCCGUUCGGUCGGUCGCAC